AUGGUUGGUAAGAGGAAGUCUGGGCCUGGCACAGAGAAUGCCGCCAAAAGCAGUCGACCCUGCAAACGAUGUCGAAGCGGCAAGGCCAGGAACCAUAGCAACACACACGAAAGGAAGCGCACAGAUCCAUUCCGAUACCUGAACUUCGACUGCGCCAGCCUCAUCCUCGAAUAUCUCGACCCAGUGUCCGUCGUCCGCUGCGGGAUGGUCGACAAGGGCUGGGCUGCGUUUAUUAGGGUAUGGAUCUGUGCCCUCGGACUGCGCGUUCAUUUCCCACUCGCCUGGAAUCUAGACAUCAAAAAAGACGAACCCAAAGCUACUGAAAUAUACAAGAACGAGGCAGCACCCUUCGCUACCCUCCCGACCGGCCAAGCCAGCGCCGUCCGCAAGAUCGGGGCGUCCAUGGAAGUGAUCGCGUUCGCGGGCGACCUUGUGGCCUGGAAUACAGGCCCUGACCUGGCCGUCCACUGGCAGGAUCUGGGGAUUCGUGAGGAUGGGUCGUUCAACACGCCGCAGAAGUUUACGCCGCCAUUCCGGGAUGAUGAGGGCGUGUUUGCGUUUGAUAAAAUGCGCUUGAAUGCGAAUGGGCAGGUCCUAGUUCGGGCUAUGCAGUAUAACGAUGUUGAUAGGGACUUCCUGAUCGACCUGAAGACGCAGGAGAUCAAGUGGAGACGCGACAACAACACAUUCCCACGCCAGACGCCCGUCCUCGUCGGCGAAGAACGCGUCUACUACGUCGUCGCCGAUGCAAUGCACAUCGAGGCAGUGGACAUCAAGUCCGGGCAGCAGCUCUACAGGGUCCCGACCCCUGGCACAUCUCCUCCCCCCACGCAUCCACUAUCCGGAACCCGGAUAUGGGGGUGGGGCGACACCGAACUCUCACGCCGUCUCUGUGUGCUCGUCCAGCUGGACGGCCGUGAAGUCAUCGCAGGCAUCGCGGACAAGACCGGUGAAUCAUGGGGACGGACGGUUCUUGUUAUGGACGGGGCGACGGGUCAAUGGAUCCAGGAGACGCGGGUCCCGACGACAGAGCGGUUGGAGAUCGUAGUCAGUCCGGACAGAACGCAGUUUGCUGUUAUCGGGGAGACAUCGUGCCACAAGGCGCUUGUCUUCCAGUACUUCGAGCCAGCGCCGGACGGGCGGUCGUUCCUUGUGAGCGGGACGCAGCUGCUGGAGGACCGGCAGGUUAUGUUUGGGCCUACUGCUAAGCGCGGCGCCAUCGAUCCGUUUCGGUCGAUUGUCGCGCUAUUGGACAGUGAAUUUACGCCUAGGGUUGCGAGACUAACGCCGAAGGAAAAACCCGUCAGUGCGGCCAUGUUGAAAGUCCAGGAUACAUACAGCGUCAGCAUGGACAGGGUCUUGGUUAAGGGGAGGCGUCGCGAGAUCACGGUUCCUGCUGCAACUCACGGGGAGCCGCGUCGGUGGUUCGAGCCCGAUCGCAGGCCGUUUGAGGCGAGAGACUUGCUGGCGGUGCACUUUGUUGAUGGGCAUCGCGUGGUUGUUGAGGCGUCGAGGUGGGUUGAGCGCCCUGGGUGGUCGCAGGCUGUGACGCAUCGCGACUUGGUGACGGAGUACUAUAUCUUUGACUUUCGGCUACGGCCUGGGGGAGGGUAUAUGGAGGAUGGUUUACAGGGGGAGCGGAGGAUGAGUGGGGAGUCGUUGUUGUCUUCUCCUGGCUGA